AUGUCCGAACAAGUGAAGAUCAACCCUGAUCUACUGAUUAUCUUGGUGGGGUCUAUUAUUAACAAGUUUAUAAGUGAAUAUGAAGGCGAUCUACCCGACAAUAGGGCGGCAAUACCGGUUGAAGAUUUCAUCACUCAAUUGAACGACACCACACGCAAGUACACACAGGAUUUCCCCAAUGACGAGAUAAACUUUCCACACAUCGAUAUCAAACUACUAUCAUUCAUCAUAAAUAGAACAUUGUAUUUCAAAUUUGUCAGUGUCACGAAUGAUCAGGUUAUAGUGGAGGUAGGGGAUAAGUAUGAAAAUUAUUUGAAAAACAUUGUUGCAACGUCUACUUUUCGCUAUUCAAAGUUUUUGCUUAAUGGGGCAAAACAGUUGUAUAAACUGGAGCAAGAAAGUACGAAGGGAAGUGGAGACACCGGAGAGACUACAGAAGUCGCUCAGGAUGUGGAGUUAGCGGAACAGACUAACGAUGCUGUCCCAGAAAAGGAAGAUAAGGAAGAGGAAGUACAGCAGCUAGAAGAGAAGGAGGACGAGAUUGUUGAUACACACGAUUUAGUUGAAGACACAUCUAACGAGAAGGAUGCCAAAGAGCUAGAAACCGGAGAGGAUGUUGAGUUGGCAAGUCCGGAGAUUGAGGAAUUGUCACAAGUAGAUGGCAGUAUCUCCGAGGUAGUGGGGUAUGAGCAGAAGGCGAAUAAGGACACGGGUAACGCAAAUAAUGAACAUAAAGAGUCAGAGAAAAUAAUGGAACCUGUCGUGGAGAAAGAAAAGAAAGAAGAGAAAGAAGAGAGUGAAGUAGAGGAUGACAAGGUUCAGGCAUUGUCACCAAAAGAUAAUGCAACCGAGCUACUGGACGAUGCAGAACCUCAAGUGGAAGCAGCGAAAGAGGAGUCAGUUGGGUCUGCAGAGAAAUCUGUGGAGGUUUCAGAGGAGGAAGAACAAGUUAAAGAGAAGAGUCCAUCAACGUUCCCAGAAGCGGAUACCGGCGUUAACGAGAGGAAAGAUAAGACUAAGGAAGUACCUGAUACUAAAGAAGAGGAAUUCGAUAAGACUGAUGAACAAGAUGUUGAAGAGGUGAGCCCAGCAGUCGAAGAAGCAACGCUGGAAGCUGUAUCACCCACUCCGGAAGCCACUGAAACCAAGGAGCCUUCAGAAGAAAAGUCGGUGGAGAUUGUCACUCCAGAGCCUGAAUCAGCUACACAAUUGAAAUCAGAUCAAUCAUCACGCAAGAGGCCCAGAUCUCGCUCACCUGCACCUGCUCAACAUCACAAGAGAUUCCAAAAUAUUGCCGUCAAUCUCAUAAAUUCUAUCCAAGAGCACCGCUUCUCAUCACCGUUUUUACAAGCAGUCAAUCCGAAAGAUGCGCCAAACUAUUAUGAAAUGAUAUAUCAACCAAGGGACUUGAAAGGUAUUCUGAAGGCGCUUAAAUCAAAGAAUGAUCCACCGGCGUAUCUGCUGAUUAAGGAGCUUGAAAGGGAUGUUAUGUUGAUGUUUGCCAAUUGUAUUAUGUAUAAUAGACUGGAUGAGGAUUUAGUGGAGUUAACAAGAACAAUGAAGAGGGAUGUUGGUGACAUGUUCAAGAUGUUUAAAGAAGCUGAACUGGAGAUGAAAUAA